AAAGCAAACACAUUUUCAUCUUAAAGCAUUUUUUCUUUCCAUUUCUGAAGUUUUGUUAAUUUUUAUUAUUUACUAACUCUUCACAGUUGAGAUCAUUUUAUAGUAAUUAAGCAUUAAAUCAUACUUUUCACCUAAUUUAGGAAAACUUUUUUUUUUUUUUUUAUUUUUAUCACCACGCCCAAUUCUGUGCUUUUUAUAUAAAUUAAGAAAAAAAAAAAAGUCAAAAAUGCGUUGCCAAAUUCACUUUUGUAUGUAAUAUAUGCCAAAACUUGAUUAACUAAACCCUGAAGAGAGAAAGAAACGAGGAAGCAAUAAUGUCCUUGCUUUAUAGGAAAACCCUGAAUUUAUUAAAAGGAAAUGACAAUGAAGUCAACGGAAUUCGAAUAAACAUAAACAGACAAAACAAAAGAGGACACAACAACUCAGUGAUCACGUCAAAGUACACCAUUUGGAACUUCAUUUUUUUGAACGCAUAUGAACAGUUUCACAAGAUAUCCAACGUCUACUUUUUGAUCAUCGGGAUUCUGCAGUUAGUGCCUGAGUUCACCGCAACGAAUAGGCUACCGACCAUUUUGUUUCCGCUGACCAUUGUGCUAGUGGCCAAUGCUAUCAAAGAUGCGUAUGAAGAUUGGAAUAGACACAAGACGGACAAAAUUGAAAACAACCGAAUGUGCUACGUUGUGGCCGAUAAUGAGACCAACGAGAAAACGCAGAGUACAUCAUUUUGUAAAACUAUAUUUAGAAAGAUAAUAAAUUUUUUAAUCCGGAAAAAAAAAAUAUGUAAUACGGAUAACUCUUUUGAUGAAGAAAUAUACGUCGAUGAAAUUACUGACGUGGAUACUUUUAUGAGCAGUUUUGAAGCCAAUUUAGGACAUAUCGAAGGGACUAUUAAAAAAAAGUGGAAGGAUGUAAAUGCAGGGGAUAUAAUUCUCUGUAGAAAGUCAGAAUUUUUCUGUGCUGACAUUUUACUGCUAAGUACAAGUGACAAAAAUGGAAUUGCUUUUGUGGAAACAUCAAGCUUGGAUGGAGAAACUAACUUAAAAGUUAAAGAAGCAAACGGAUUCGUAUUCAACAUUCUUACCUGGGAUAGAAGUGAAGCAAUUGACAAGGUAAAAAAAUUGAAGGGGUUUAUAAUCAGUGAAAAACCGAAUAAAGAUUUGACGACCAUGUAUGGUACAAUCUAUUUCGAGAAGGAUGAAAAAACUGAUCUACAAUCUAAUGACGAUUUGUCGGAAAUAUUAAAAGAAACAACAGAGUUGAUAGAAAAUAGGAGAAGGAGAGUAUCAAGUGCAGAUUUUAGUAGAAAUAGUAGCAGCAUUGGAAAUAUACAGGAGGAAUGGAUAAGUGAGCUAAAUGAUGACACUGAAGACAAAUAUGUCAGAAUCCCAUUUGAUGAAAAGCAUUUCGUUUUAAGAGGUUGUAAGUUAAAAAAUACAGACUGGGUUAUUGGCAUAGUUAUAUACAUUGGGAAGGAAACCAAAAUACAAAUGAAUUCCACCAAACCGAUUAUUAAAACGAGUAAAUUAGAAAUAUUAACCAAUAGGCUAACCAUCAUUAUUUGGUUCAUUCAGAUGAUUAUUUGUUUCAUAUCAGCUUACUACAAUGCAGUGAUUGUAAGCUUGUCCAAGAAAAGUAAAUUUAAGUAUUUGCCUUUUAACUUAGAACAAUCGAAGAAGCCUUUUAUCGUCGGAGUUAUUUCCUUUUUCUCCUGGGUUGUCAUCACAGCGAAUUUCAUUCCCAUCAGUUUGAUUGUCACCAUGAGUUUUGUAAAAGUUGUUCAGGCGUAUUUCAUUUCCUGUGAUAAGAAUAUGAUACAUAAAGUGCUGGCGGAUAUUCCCACCUUCGGAAAGCAGAAGGAAACUGAAAGUUUGCGCGAUGAAAAUUCAGUGGAGUUGGACAUUAAGGAACCCGGAGGGAAACUCCACGCGGGGAGAAAUCAGACCGACAAGUCGAAAAUGUAUUUGGAGCCACAAGAAAGCACUGAAAGGAGCGAAGCAACAAAUGGGGAGUUCCACACUGGCGGUAACAGCACCAGCACGGGCAACACCAACGGAAAUAGUAGCUCCAAUGGGAAUGCCAGCACGAAUGAACGGAAAAAAACGCUCACCAGAGUUAUCACCUUUAAGGAUGUAAAGGAAAAGAACUACAUAUAUUUCAAUGCCGUACCGAGAACGUCCAGCUUGAUAGAAGAGCUGGGACAAAUCGAAUACAUUUUCUCGGACAAAACCGGAACGUUAACAUGCAACGUGAUGGAGUUCAGAAAAUGUGCCGUUAACGGAAUUUCCUAUGGAAAUGGUUUAACUGAAAUUAAGAAGCAUAUUUUAAAAAAAAAAAAUAUAGCCAUUCCAGAAGAACCCGUCCUGAAGUCAACGGAGAAAACGCCAAAUGUAAAUAUAGUAGAUGCGGAUUUGGUAAAUCAUCUGCACGAUGUGACGCAUUUUAACCAUGCCGCUCUGAUAGGCUUCUUCCUACAUUUGGCCAUUAAUCAUUCAGUGAUCUGUGAUUAUGCAAAGGAGCCCACGACGACCUACUCGUCGAGUAGCCCAGAUGAGGAAGCCCUAGUAUAUGCUGCAAAGCAUUUUGGAAUUACCUUCUUGUAUAGAAGGGAUGGCAAGUACGGAAUUAGCAUAUUCGGCACGGUUUACGAAAUUGAAACGUUGGCAAUUGUUGAAUUUACAAGCAAGAGAAAAAUGAGUAGCGUUAUUUGUAGGAUACCCGUCAGAGCUACCUACACAGGUGGUGAUGCUUCUGCUGAUGAUCAGGGAAGCGGAAACGACCUAGAGGAGGAACGACAUGUAGGAAGUGCGGAGGAGGAAGGCCCGGAACUUGCCAGAAACGAAAUGAUCAUCUCUUCCCGAUUGAAGAAUCAUCCUCUGGAUGAAAACUUGACCCCUGGAGGUCAGAAACCCAAAAAGGGAAAUAAACACAAUAAAAAAAAAGACAUAAUAACUUGUAAAAAUUGCAAGGAGUCCAAAAUUAUGCUUUUUUGCAAAGGAGCUGGAAGUGUGAUUUUAAAUAAAUUAGCAAAAAAGACGGAGGUAGAUGACAUGACGAUUGAACAUAUGGAAACGUACGCGGAUGAAGGAUUAAGAACAUUGUGUAUUGCACAAAGGGAAUUAACAGAAGAGGAAUUUGCAGAAUGGUAUAAACUGUACAAAGAAGCCACUGUAAGUAUAAAAGAUCGAGAAGAAAAUUUAGAAAACGUGGCAGAAUUUAUUGAAAAUAAAUUAACCUUGCAAGGAGUAACCGGUAUAGAGGAUAAAUUACAAGAAGGGGUCAGUUCCACAAUAGAAGAUCUAAGACUGGCAGGUAUUCACAUAUGGAUGUUGACAGGCGAUAAAAUAGAGACAGCAAUGAACAUCGGCAUUGCUGCAAAUUUGAUCGAUAAUUAUUCGGAGCAGUUUAUCUACACUGCAGAUUUAAUAUCAUGUGAAGAAGCACUGAUGAAAAAAAUUGAUGAGGAUAUUAUCAAUGUUGAGAAAACGUUAAAUUUACCUCACUACGAUUUUAAUUCCAAAAUUAAUGAUAAAAAACAGGGUUUUUUGAGGAGCUGUUUUAUUGUCAAGGAAGAAAGUAAUUUAUCGUUAAGUCCAGAUAAUUACAAAAUGUUAAUUAGCUCAUUUAACCACGUGUUAGUGGUAGAUGGGGGAUUGCUAGACACUUUGUUGAGCAAAAAAUUUGAAAGGAAAUUUUUUUACCUGGCGGAUAAAUGCUCUUCUGUGAUAUGUGGCCGAGUGAGUCCCUACCAAAAGGGAGCAAUCGUUUCGUCAGCCAAUCGAUUGUUGAAAAAAAUUACUUUAGCCAUAGGCGAUGGAGCUAAUGAUCGCAACAUGAUCAACACAGCUAACAUAGGAGUUGGGAUUAGAGGGCAAGAAGGGGUGCAGGCAUUUAACUCCUCAGAUUAUGGUAUCAGUCAGUUUAGGUUCUUAAAAAAUUUGUUACUAGUACAUGGCAGAUUGUCCUACACCAGAAUAAGCAAAUUGGUGGUAUACAUGUUUUACAAAAAUAUUGUUUUAAUUUUCCCUUUGUUCAUCUUCGGAUCGCUUUCCUUAUAUUCUGGGCAGAAAAUAUACUACGAAUUUUUACUUCACCUUCAUAAUAUUUUAUUUACGGCUGUUCCGGUUGUAGCCCAUGCCAUAUUAGACAAAGACGUGAGCUUAAACACAGCAUUGGUAACUCCGAGCUUGUACAAAUUAGGAAUAUAUCAUUACUAUUUUAACAUUAGUACAUUUGUGUCUUGGGUUUUUAACAGCCUUUUUCAUGGCCUAGUGGUUUUUUUAAUACCUCUAUACUUUUUAUCGUAUUAUAAUAUUCCUAAUUCUGAUGGGACAACAUACGAUAUGUGGACAGUUGGAAGUGUCACUUAUUUUCUGACCGUUUUAGUUGUCAAUUUGAAAGUGCUUCUGGAGACAUACUGCUUGAAUGUGCUUCCGCUUACCGCUGUGUUUAUGAGCAUUUUGGCGUUCGUCAUUCUUGUGGUGUCCUGCUCCUUCAUGUGCUUUGGCAGUAACAACUUUUUAGGUACAGCUGUCAUUUUAGCAAAAUCGUUGCGCUUUUGGCUAGUUGUUUUGUUAGGCAUAUUCACCGCCCUGUCCAGGGACUUCAUCUUUAAGGUUUUCAAGAGGAACUUCAACCCGGAGGUGUACCACUUCUUGCUCGACCAGGAAGACAAACCAAAGGGAGAAAACAACGUCAUAAAUCCGAUAAGUUCUGACAUCGGUCAGAAGGAGGAAGAAAUUAAAAUCGAAAAAUGCAAAUCUCUUGGAUACGCAUUCAGCGAAGUGGACCCCGCGUGCGUGAAGUUGAUUAGAAAGCAAGACAAAAUGAUUUAA